UCUCAGCAUCAUCUGUUCGACUCAUCUGUCUCUCUGGAUGCUUAGCUGAACAGGAUUUCGUUGGAGAGAGAAAAUAUCGUGAACUUUAUUUGAACGCUGGAAAAUGAUAACGAGUGUGAGAAUUGUGAACCGUCAAGUCCAAAUUUUAGUGAAAUAUACAGUGAACUAAAAAAAAAGAUAGAGAGAGAAAAAGAUUUUUCGAAAUGUAUAAAACGUGUUGAUAAAAACAAAAUCAUCGUUUUGUAGAACGUGAUUAUAUAAGAUUUAUUUUUUGACACAGGAAUACCAACAGAAAAUUCAAAAGAGCGGGUGUUCAGUAUAUUCAAAAUAAAACCCACAAGCUUUAGAUAAUUUUAAAAAUAACUGCUAGAGCCAACCAAUCACACCACAUCAAGAUGAAGUACCUGUUGCAAGUUGCUAUUCUUCUCAUAACCACGAUGGCACAGCUUUCCCACGCCUGGCGAACAGACCGAAAGCCCAAGAUCUUCGGUAGCAAGCUCCGCCUGAAGUCGCUGGAGCCUGGCAAGUACAGGAUCCAGAAGAAGCUCGUGCAGUUCCACAAUUUCUUCCGCUCCAAAGUGAAGCCUGAAGCCUCCAACAUGCUGGCUAUGAGCUGGUCGUCCGCCGCCGCUGUGGACGCCCAGCGCUGGGCCGACGCCUGCCAGCUACUCGUGCACGACUCGGCCGACGGGCGCACCGUCGAGGAGUACGGCGCCUGCGGCCAGAACAUCUUCGUGUCCACGCAUCAGGUGCCCUGGUUCUUCGCCGUCAAGACCUGGUGGCUGGAAAAGGACAACUUCACCUACGGAGGCAACAACAACGACCUCCACGUGAUAGGCCAUUACACUCAGAUGGUCUGGCACGCCACGCACGAGGUCGGCUGCGGUCUCGCCUACUGCGCCCACGCUUAUCCGAGGCCCUUCUAUAACUACGUCUGUAACUACUGCCCGAUGGGCAACUACAUGCACACGCUCUCGAGGCCGUACGAGCGAGGGGCGCCGUGCUCCGCCUGCCCCGGCCACUGCAAGGCCAAGAAGCUCUGCACGAAUUCCUGCCCGUACGGCGACCUGUGGAUCAAUUGCAAGGAACUGGACGCCGCCUACCACGACUGGCUGUGCAACACGAAGACCAAGGAGGGCCUGGAACGCUUCCAGUUCUGCAAAGCAACUUGCAUGUGCAAAGAUGCAAUUACUUUCCCUUGAAGAGGAGGGAGAGGAAGGGGUGAUGGGAGUAGAUAGGAAGGUGAAGAAGAG